UGAUCAGUAGCUACUGUACUCACCCUCUCGUGGUGGCUGAUGCAGGGAUAAGUGGCGGUGCGUGGCGUCUAUCAGAAUCACAUGACCCUUUCUGCUCUGACCCGCUCGCUCAAAGAAGUUUGGACUUUUGCGGCGACGAUGCAAGGCUGAACGAAACAUUUUUGACGACGCUCGCGAUUCCGAUCUUUUUCUUUUUGCCUUUGUUAUCUCGACCACCAACACCACAUCUCGAAUCGCAUCUCACACUCGCCACCAUGGAUAUUGAUCACGUUCCCACCGACGCCAGGUCCAAGGAGGUUGUUCGUCUUUGGCGAGCAUGGAGGACUAUUCAUGAGAUGGUCGCGGACCGAGAAUACGAGCUCGCUGAAGAGGAAGUCAAGAUCUCUCUCGACCGCUUCCGCGACGAAUACUGCAACCCCGACGGUUCCAUCAACCGCGCCAAACUUCAAUUCUCGGCGCGUCCCAGCGAGAACAUGAUCCGCAAAAACACACCUCCCGUGACAGCAGCCAACCCCAAUCCCAACCCCGGCGCCGACUGCGGUCCUGUCUGGGUUGAGUUCCUAGCUGAUAAGACUUUCGGCGUCAACCAGAUCCGACAAUUUGCCAAAUAUGUGAUCACGAACAACUACAAGACUGGCAUCAUGGUAACACACGUUCCUCUCUCGCCCGCCGCCCGCAAGACUCUCCAGAGUGUCGAGUCCGUCGCUAAGAUCGAGUGCUUCCUCGAGGAUGAUCUUCUUGUCAACAUUACCCACCAUGAGCUUGUUCCUAAGCAUGUCUUGCUCUCCCGCGAGGAGAAGCUCGCUCUUCUCAAGCGCUAUCGCCUCAAGGAGACCCAACUACCACGUAUUUUGCAAAAGGACCCUGUCGCUCGUUACUUGGGUUUGAAGCGGGGCCAAGUCGUCAAGAUUAUCCGAAACAGUGAAACGGCUGGUCGUUAUGCCAGUUAUAGAUUGUGUGUAUAGAUGAGCAAUUAUGAACGAGACAGUCUUGAGAGAUCAAGUCGAAGAUAAGAGCUGUUGGAUCCAGAGGUAUGGAAAGGCUCCUGGCAUGAGGACGGAGGCGUCGCACUGCACUUGAAAUUCUAAAAAAGCUGGCGUUUCAGGGGUUCUAUGUAUAUUGUGCGUUGCCGCGGCAAGGCCAAUGAAGGAAUAUAAAGCAUUUACGAGAGUUACUCUUUGCCCUUUGCUCUGUGUACCUAGAUGCGAGGUUUGUGAAUACCUUAAUUAUAGUCUUGUUCUUCUAAAGUAACGGAUGCCACUAGAGCUUCGAGUUAUCGUGUAACCUUGCCAGCGCCGUGUCUCAAAUAUGAUCAUGUUGUCCG